AUGGAAGGAGAAGCUGUCGCUGCCGUCAUUAAAGUUGUAGUUCAAAACCUCAUCGACCAUUCCAAGACAGAGAUCUCACUAAUCCGUGGUCUCGACAAAGAAGCAGCAAAGCUAGCUGGGAAUUUGGAUACGAUCCAGAAAUUCUUGAACGAUGCUGAGAACCGUACUAUUCCCGGUGGGGCUGUCGAAAGCUGGCUGAGGAAGCUCGAAGAUGUGGCGUUUGAUGGUGACAACGUUUUGGAUGAGCUCAAUUACCACCUUCUCUCGAAACAAAUUAACUCUAUCAAACCCAUGAAACAAAAGGUACUCUCAUGCUUCUCACCAUUCAGUCAUAUUGCGCAUCCCAGAAAUAUAGCUCUAAAAAUUCAAGAAAUCAAUGAGAAUUUAGAGUCCAUUCAAAAAGAGGGAGCCGGGCUUGGCCUCAAAGAGAGGCUAGCCAACGAUGUGCCAAAACUGCCUCAUGCUGCUUUUGAAACUGAUUCCUUCUCACAUGAUCCAAUUUUCAUAGGAAGAGAUGAGUUGGUGUCGGAAAUAAUUGAGGUUAUUAACACUAGUACCACAACUGAUGAACGUGUAAUUUCUAUCUUUGCCAUUGUUGGAAUGGGAGGAUUGGGGAAGACAACCUUGACUAGGAAUGUCUUUCAUCAUCCAAAGAUAAAAACUCUCUUUGGAUCACAUAUUUGGGUGCAUGUUUCUCAAAUUUUUGAUCCAAUCAUCCUUUUCAAAAAAAUCCUCAAGGAGUUGACUUCUUCUCCACAUCAUGAUGAAAUCGAGAGUAGCCAAGGUAUUCUCAAAAACACUUCUUCUGAUCAGAGUAGGCAGGAUUUUCUCAAAAAGACUUCUUUUGGUCAAGUUGAUGUUGAGAGUAGUCAAGAUUUUGUGAAAAGGAAUUAUCAUGAUCAAGUUGAGGUCGAGAGUAGGCAAGGUAUUCUUAAAAGGCUUCAAAAAGCUUUAAAAGAUAAAACUUAUAUUUAUUCUGGAUGA